AUGGGUGGGGGUACGGUGUGCAUGCUACCCCUCUUUUCUGUGUCGCCUUCUCGCAUCCCUUUCCUCACUGUCACAUCCUUUCUGUGUGCCCCCACCCAGUUCACCUACCCCAGCGGCAACACCUCAGUGCAGCGCGUGGGGCGCAUGGUGAGCAUGCUGUACACGCCCGCCACCAGCUUCCCAUCUUCCCUGUCCCCAUCGCCCCCAUCUCCCCCAUCUCCCCUCCACAUCCCCCAUCUCCCCCAUCCCACCCAGUUCACCUACCCCAGCGGCAACACCACGGUGCAGCGCGUGGGGCGCAUGGUGAGCAUGCUGUACACGCCCGCCACCAGCUUCUACCACUCCAUCAUCGAGUGGGUGCCGCAGUGGCUCGUGCUGAGAGAACUGUUGCAGGAGCACCCCAACAUUCUCAUUGUCAUGCGCGCUGCUCAGGUGAGCGCGCUGCUCAGCUUCUACCACUCCAUCAUCGAGUGGGUGCCGCAGUGGCUCGUGCUGAGGGAACUGCUGGAAGAACAUCCCAACAUCCUUAUCGUGAUGCGCGCUGCUCAGGUGCUGAGGGAGCUGCUGCAGGAGCAUCCGAAUAUGCUCAAUGUCAUGCGCGCUGCUCAGCUGCAGCUGUACAACAGCACGUUGAAGCACAUAGUGGGAGUGGAGCCAGCGCACAUGAACCUGCUCGUGCUUGAUUGGCAGCACCGCAACACCCUCUUCCUUGCACAGGCGCUUUACCAGCCUGUCUACCGCUGCUGCGGCCGGGCCACACCCACCAUCUGGCGCUUCCUCCGCCGAAACUUUUUCCUUCCGCCCGAUGGGCUGCCCAUUUUCGAGCCCGAAACUUUCCGCCUCCGCCGAACCUCCCCUCUAAGCUACCAAGACAUAACAGACUUACUUAGCCAGCGUGAGGAGCAGCAGUCACAACAUCCCCGGCGGCUCGACGUGCUUAAGCCCGGACCUGUGCCGAGCCUUGCGGAGACGUUUGGGAUGACGACGGGGCUGAACUGGGUGACGAUCCUGGUUCGGAGGCCCGGAAAUCUGUCGAGGAAUUUGGAGGAGAGUGUGUAUGAGAGGGUGGAGGGGUGGAUGAGGAAGGAGUUUGGGGAGAGGCGAGUGGUGGUGUUUGAUGGAAGUCUGCGUCUCAUGGAAGCCCGGGCUCUCUUCCGCCGAGCCGCCCUAUUGGUCGGCACGCACGGGGCCGCCCUGACCAACCUCCUCUUCAUGCCACGUGGCGCCUUCCUACUGGAAAUCCGCCCCCGGGGUUACCCCAACGCGUGUUACCACCACCUAGCCAGCGUGUCGCAGAUGCACUAUUGGCUGCUGCUGGGGAAUGGGACAAAAGACUCCGCCCUGCAAGUGGACACAGGGGAGGUGUUAUCUACGAUAAGGGAAGUUGCUGGGAAGGUGUUUGCUGCUCUGAGGGGAGAGCCGAAAGACGUGGGGGAGAGAUUGGGGGAGAGAGCAAAAGGGGGAGAGGAAGGGACGGAAAAGAAAACAAAGGAGGGGAGCAUUGCAGGGGUAAAGAUCGGAGGGAAAGAGAUUGGCAGCAGUGGUGGUGCCGCUGGUACCUCUACUGCUGCUGUAACUGCAGCGGCUACUGCAGCGACUGCUGAUAGCAGCAACACCACACCAUCUGACGCCACUGGCACUGCUGCCACUACCCACCCCAUCAGCACAGGCUCCUUUUCACCCACCUCUUCUGCCUCCGCCCCUCUUAUUACUUCCCCCACCCCCAUCCCCACCCCCAUCCCCACCUCCCUCCCCACUUCCCUCCCCACUGACACCACCACUCCCUCCGCCUCCGCCUCUCUCACCCCCAUCCCGCCCCUCCCUCCGCCCACCUUCCCCGUCCCCCUCUCCACCUCCCCCUCCGCGCUCCCCGCCGCCUUCCCCUCGGGCUGCGCGUGCUACCGGCUGCGCAACGCCUUCUGCUGCACCCAGGCCGUCUGCGUGUGCCGCAACGUCUGCUACAAUGGGUCGGCGUUGCUCGGCAGAUACGGACCCGAUAUCACAGACACCACCGAUACCACUGAUACCACCGACAGCACCAGCAGCACCAGCAGCACUGCUUUCCCCCCGCGCCCCCCCCACCCCUGCCUUCCCCCGGUCCAUGCCCCCGCCACAGCCAACAAAUCCGCGCUCCUCUCCCCGACGUCCUGCUCCAACCUGCCCCAGUUCGGCCGCAUGCUGAGGUCGGCACUCUCAGAGGCGCCGGUGAAAGGCGGGCUGCAGGCAGCUGGGGAUGCGCGGUGGCGGCGGUGGGUUGGGGGGGAGGCGGAGUGGCGCAUGGGCGGGACCCUGUUUGUGCCUCUGACGCACCAGACGACGAAUGUGGCGCACUUUCUAGGCAAGGCGGCACACAUCCUUCUCGUGAACAACUUGACGGUCAAGUCGGGCUUGCCACGUGUUGAACGCUUCCUGCUGCCCCGUGCUGAUUGGACUGUGCACAGCUCUCACUUCCUCUCCCUCACUCAACCACACACACACAUGAAUUCUUUCUCCCUGUUACCACACCUCUCACCGCCCUCUUUCCUAACCCACCUGAUCUCCCAGAAUGAAGGAGCACGGCCCACACGGCUGGCUGCCCUCAAUGCUGCACCUCCUCCUCCAUAUGGCGCUCAUGCUCCCUCAAAACUCACACCUCUCUCCUUCUCCCUCAAAACUCACACCUCUCUCCUUCUCCCUCAAAACUCACACCUCUCUCCUUCUCCCUCAAAACUCACACCUCUCUCCUUCUCCCUCAAAACUCACACCUCUCUCCUUCUCCCUCAAAACUCACACCUCUCUCCUUCUCCCUCAAAACUCACACCUCUCUCCUUCUCCCUCAAAACUCACACCUCUCUCCUUCUCCCUCAAAACUCACACCUCUCUCCUUCUCCCUCAAAACUCACACCUCUCUCCUUCUCCCUCAAAACUCACACCUCUCUCCUUCUCCCUCAAAACUCACACCUCUCUCCUUCUCCCUCAAAACUCACACCUCUCUCCUUCUCCCUCAAAACUCACACCUCUCUCCUUCUCCCUCAAAACUCACACCUCUCUCCUUCUCCCUCAAAACUCACACCUCUCUCCUUCUCCCUCAAAACUCACACCUCUCUCCUUCUCCCUCAAAACUCACACCUCUCUCCUUCUCCCUCAAAACUCACACCUCUCUCCUUCUCCCUCAAACUCACACCUCUCUCCUUCUCCCUCAAAACUCACACCUCUCUCCUUCUCCCUCAAAACUCACACCUCUCUCCUUCUCCCUCAAAACUCACACCUCUCUCCUUCUCCCUCAAAACUCACACCUCUCUCCUUCUCCCUCAAAACUCACACCUCUCUCCUUCUCCCUCAAAACUCACACCUCUCUCCUUCUCCCUCAAAACUCACACCUCUCUCCUUCUCCCUCAAAACUCACACCUCUCUCCUUCUCCCUCAAAACUCACACCUCUCUCCUUCUCCCUCAAAACUCACACCUCUCUCCUUCUCCCUCAAAACUCACACCUCUCUCCUUCUCCCUCAAAACUCACACCUCUCUCCUUCUCCCUCAAAACUCACACCUCUCUCCUUCUCCCUCAAAACUCACACCUCUCUCCUUCUCCCUCAAAACUCACACCUCUCUCCUUCUCCCUCAAAACUCACACCUCUCUCCUUCUCCCUCAAAACUCACACCUCUCUCCUUCUCCCUCAAAACUCACACCUCUCUCCUUCUCCCUCAAAACUCACACCUCUCUCCUUCUCCCUCAAAACUCACACCUCUCUCCUUCUCCCUCAAAACUCACACCUCUCUCCUUCUCCCUCAAAACUCACACCUCUCUCCUUCUCCCUCAACUCCCCUCUCCUUCCCUCAAAACUCACACCUCUCUCCUUCUCCCUCAAAACUCACACCUCUCUCCUUCUCCCUCAAAACUCACACCUCUCUCCUUCUCCCUCAAAACUCACACCUCUCUCCUUCUCCCUCAAAACUCACACCUCUCUCCUUCUCCCUCAAACUCACCCUCUCUCCUUUCUCCCUCAAAUCUCACACCUCUCUCAUUCUCCCUCAAAACUCAGCACCCUCUCUCCUUCUCCCUCAAACUCACACCUCUCUCCUUCUCCCUCAACAACUCACACCUCUCUCCUUCUCCCUCAAAACUCACGGACCGUCUCUCCUUCUCCCUCAAAACUCACACUCUCUCCUCUCCCCAAAAAACUCACACCUCUAUCCUCUCCUCAAAAACUCGCUGA